CAAAGCUGAAAAAAAAAAAAAAAAGAAGAAGAAAUGGAAAGUGGUUUGACGAAAUUUUGUCCGAAGAAAUUAGAAAGGGAUUCAUUUCAUGUGAUUCACAAGAUUCCUUCUGGUGAUAGCCCUUAUGUUCGGGCCAAAUACGCUCAGCUAGUGGAGAAAGAUCCAGAAUCAGCAGUGUUGUUGUUCUGGAAAGCCAUAAACGCGGGCGAUAGAGUUGAAAGUGCUGUUAAAGACAUGGCUGUUGUUAUGAAGCAGCUCGAUAGAACUCAAGAGGCCAUUGAAGCCGUCAAAUCCUUUCGCCGCCUUUGUCCAAGACACGCCCAAGAAUCAUUGGACAACGUCCUCUUUGACUUGUACAAGGUGAAAUGUGGAAAUGUUGAUGAACAAAUAGCGCUUCUAAAGCAUAAGCUGAAGAAGAUAUAUUUUGGGGAAGCUUUCAAUGGGAAGCCCACAAAGACUGCGCGUUCCCAUGGCAAAAAGUUUCAGGUUUCUGUCAGGCAGGAAACCUCUAGGAUAUUGGGGAAUUUGGGCUGGGCUUAUAUGCAGAAGUCCAAUUUCAUGGCAGCAGAAGUUGUGUACCGAAAGGCCCAAAUGAUUGACCCGGACGCUAACAAGGCCUUGAACCUAUGCCAAUGCCUCAUCAAGCAAGCCCGUUACAACGAGGCCCGUUCGGUUCUCCAGGAUGUCCUGCACUACCAAUUCCAAGGUUGUGAUGACCUCAGGUCAAUAAAACGGGCUGAUGAAUUGUCAAAAGAAUUGGAGGCCCACCAGCUUAAGAACCUAUAUAUUUCAGAUGAUAUUUUGGGCCUGAAUUUCGAGGAUGAUUUUGUGGAAGCCCUUGAACGCGUCUUGAAUGAAUGGUCACCAAAUAGAUCAAAGAGACUGCCGAUAUUUGAGGAGAUUUCUCAACAUAGAGAUCAAUUGGCAUGUUGAUAUCUUCAAAGCUUAAUCAAUAUUGGCGUUCAACGUCAAGUGUUGUGAUUAGUGAAAUAAUGCAACAAUUUCUAGAAAGUAGAUAAAGUAGCAGCAGUGUAUAUUUGAUUUGAUGUAUAUUAUUUUGAACAUGGACAUAUAUAUAUCAUCUUUAGUGUUUGGACAAGAAAUUUCAUAUAUGUUUAGGAAUGCAUCACGUGUGGAUGAAACACUCAAUUCCUCUUCCAAAAUCUCUCGGCCAACAACAAGCAAUUAAAGCAUAUUGUCUUGAUCUUCAGCUUCUUCUCCACAGGUUUCACACACCACAUCCAUCUUCAUCGCUCUUUGCAGUAAUUGUUGCUUGGUACUUGGAAACCCAAACCAGCAUUUCCACAUGAAGUUCCUCAGUUUGCUUUUGACUGGUAGUUUCCAUGUGACCUCCUACAUCUGUUGCAGUCUGUCCCUUGAUGAACUAGAUUCGGCUUUGUCCUGUUUUCCCUUUUGCUUUGCCAAAUUAGUUUCACUUUGAAACAAAAAAUAAAUAAGUAAAUAAAAUUGAGGUUUAUCGAAGGGAUGUGAAAUUUUUUACUGCCCACUUUCUUCACCAAUCUUUCUUCUUGUUUCCUUGAAUGAUUAUUUACUUCUUUUUUGGAAAAUAAAAUUGCU